AUGCAAUCACUUGGAGUCUAUUUACAGUGUUGUAUUUAUCAAUAUUUACAUUUGCAUUUGUCCACGUCAGCGUGUUGAAACACCUGUGCUCCAUCAAGCCUCAGGCUUACACUCCUCCUUGACAAACAGACUGCCAUAAUCUCAACAAUCAUCUUUACUUUGUGGGUUGGAUCUUGAGGUUAAGAAUUUCACAACUGGCAGGGAAUAUGCCACAUGACACGGAUAAUAAAUUAGCACCUUGUUCGUGUUCCUUUUAUACAAUUUUACAUAUUUCCAUUGGCGCAGUGUAAUACGAUUGUAAUACGAUAACAUUAGCUAUGUUUAAGAUUCCCGUAUGAAAAUACGACAACACUAUUUUUAUUGGACAACUGUAUUUUCAAUGGUGUUAGCUCUUCAUACACUUGUUGAAGUUGCUACAGUAUAGGCUGCUAUCAACGUUGACUGCUGGCAUUGAACAGUGACCACUAGUCAUUAUGGGCACUUAACCCAUUUGAGGGAAGCACACACCUCCCUGAGUCUGACCCACCUACCUCCAGUGGAUGUCCGAAUUUCUCUACAGACAGAGGUAGUUUCCAAAACAAGGUGCCAGCUACCUGAGCGAUGCCUCUAGAGCUCCGAGCUUAGAGACAGACGCUGCCCAUCACAUCCCAUCACUGACUGCCUCAACAGGCCUCAGGUCCCAACUCCAAGCCUUUUCCACACCAGCCCGGGCGAGAGAGAACCUGAGUCACCAUGAUAGACUUGAGCCAUCUGACGGAGGAGGAACAGGCGAUGAUCAUGACUGUGCUGAAGAGAGACGAAGAGCUGAAGAAAGCAGAGGAGGAGAGGAUCAAGCAGCUGCAGAAAACCAGUGCCACAGUGGACAGCAGGCUCAAGUACCUGACAGGGGAGUGGUUUUACGAGGCCAAGUCUCUGAGACACAGGGAGAAGAUCCAUGGCUCCGAAGUCAUCCUGGCCUCCAUGAAGCAGAGGAAAGCAGGUUCUUUAGAUGGGUUUCUUUCCAGACCCGGAGCAGUCAGCGGUAAAGUCUCAGACAUCACCCCCCCUCCAAAACCUGCCAGGCUCCUGGAGGCACCAACACAGCCAACACAGCCCCAGAAGAACAGCAAAAGCCUAAAUGUAUCAGAUGCAGAGAAAGAGAGACUGAAUUCAGUGGUGCGCUCCCCGGGAAGGCCAAGGCACAAUCCUUUCAAUCGAGCAUCCCUUAUUCUAGAGGUAGAGAAGACAGAAAAACAGUCCAAUGGAAAUCAAGAGACUGAGAAAGCAUCUGAAGCAGAGCCCUUAUCUCCCCUGAAGAUUCACAUGACAGCAGACUCCACCAGUCACAACUCAGCAGGCUCUGCCACCUCCGAGGGGUCCUCUCUAGGAUUCAGGCCCGUGCCCAAGAAAAGAACCAUCCUCUCCCGACACUCACAGAGCUCUCUCACAGGCAGUGAUGUCUCCAUCCCUGGGCUGCAGGGUCAUCCAGCUGGGUCAAAGGUCAUCGUCCCUGCCUCUCAGGGAAGUCUCCAACAUGGCUCCAGCUGUGGCUCCAACCAGUCUAGCCAGGGGGCUUUGGAUGUUCAGUCACAGAAAAUGUAUCCAACUCCCAUCUCUGAGUUGCAGAACAAUGCAACUCCAGUAUCUCCCUCCAGUCAGCAACUGAACACUUUGAGUCACCACUCCCACAAGCCACUGAAGCAUUUAACCCUAGUCUCCACCAAUACUGAGUUUGAGAGAGCGAAAGAGGCCCAUGAAAAAGAGAGGAGAGCAGAGCCCUCAGAUAACUCACUUGUCAGACACCUAGUGAGAACCCCUUCUCCUCUUAGGGAAACUGAGAGUUCCAAAGUUCCAUUGAGGCCCCUGAGUGAGCCAAAGCCUCUCAGACUGUUGAACCUUAGACCUACCACACACUCUGAUAAUGACAGACACACAGAUAAAUCCUACACAGGUCAUCAGAAGAGUGAAGGUAGCGAUGGUCUCAUCCAGAGAGAGUUUGUCAGUGUGGGUCCUCCUCAGGGCAGAGAGAGGUCUGAUGGUCCAUUUUCAAAACCUCUGUCCAUACCACUCUCUCCGAGCUCAGAACUAACGGCCCCUACUCACCACCAGCCUUCUCAGCAUGCAGCCUUUCAACUCAUUGAGAUGCAGGACAAGGAGAUGAUAAGAACCCGCAAUAUGGACACCGCAAUCAGACAGGAGGACCUUAGUCUGCCUUCAAGCACUGUGGAUCAAUGGAAACAUCAUGAUCUCCAUAACUCUGGGGAUAAGCCUGAUAAGCAUGUUCAUAAAAAAACUGGAAACCACAAACCUGCUUCUAAAUCAGCCCCCCGUAGUCCCAAGCCCACAGCGGAGCAGGACGACUCCAUCUCUAAAGUCUUAGAGUGGUUCAGCCGGAGCACAGACAGCAACGACUGGCUGGAGACUGAGAGCGAUCAACCAGACAUGGAGGAAGACGUGAUUUGCUCUGUGAAAACAGAUACAGAUGAUCGGUCUACCUUUGAGAGCAGGUCUCAGCAGACGGAGAGGAAAGCUCCUGAGGUGAAGAGAAAGCUCCUACAUGUUGACCCCAGCCUGGAUAUGCAAAGUAUUGGAGGAGGAGUGUCAGUGUGUUUAACACCAGAGGUAAAGGAUCAAUCCUCUGAAUCCUCUAUGGAUCAACCUACGGACCAGUCACCUUUGAAUACAUUAAGAUCAUACCAGCCCAAGAGACACAUGUCUGAGUCUGAGGGGCUGAGAGCAGCACAUUGGAAGGAGUUCAAGGAAGUGAUGUUAGAUAGAGAAGAGGAUGUGAUAGAUAGGCAAGAGGAUGUGAAGAAGGUCAGUGGCCCUCCAGCCAAAGCUGUUGGACCACAGGUCGCAACACAAGAAGUCAAACAGAAAGAGGUCCAAGAUGAGAACCAACCACCCAAAAUCAGUCACCUGAAGUCCUUCUGGGAGAAGGGCAACACUGGGCCCAAGAUACUCAUCAGUAGAUCAAUCAUUGACAAAAGACAGAAACCAAUGGAGAAAGAGAGAGCACUAGCAGAGAAGUCUCAUAGCACUGUUUCUGGCCCAGAGUCAUACGGUGUGGAGGGGUCUUCGAGGAAGAAUCUCAGGGAUGAAAAAGGAGAUGUACGGUUAAACCUAGAUACUCAACAAAGCACUGCUAGUCGAGAUAUGAGAAGUGGUCAGCCGAGUGUUAGCCCUUACAAACAGGAGGUAUACAGACCCCAAAAUAGUGUUGUUAUUGCUCCCUCUAUAGAGAUACGUACACUGCCAACCUGGGAUGAUAGCUACACUCCUGGGGCUCAAAGUGAGAAGGACAAUUUGACUUUAACAGAAGAAGAUCUCAGAAGAUCCCCAAUGACAGUAGACAGAAGAAGCUCACAGGCAGAAAUACUCUACCUAAGUAGACACCAUCCUCAGCCUGACAUGCUGUCCCAGUCCAGACUCAGCACAGAACAUCAGAUAUUCUCCCCAUUAACACUCAGUCCUCAGCCUGAAUUGCUCAUCCAGCCCACAGUCAACCCCCAGCCUGUGAAUCUCUUACCUGCCAUACCAAAACCCCAACCUGAAAUGCCAUCCAGGGCCAGGUCCAAGCCCAGUCCCAACCCACUGCCUGAACUACUCUCCCAGCCUACAACCAGCCCAGACUCUGAGAAGUUUAGACACAAGGUUGGAAAAGAAAGUGAACAGUUUCCCCCCAAAACUCAGCAAAGCAAUGUCAAUGUACAGUCAAGUGUGUCCACUAAAAAACAGGUUCCCCCUCAACAGGACAGCAAAGCAGACAAUAUAAAGCAGCUCAAGUCCUUCUGGGAGCAGGAGAAUAACCGGCCUAUAUUUUACACUGGUCAAUCAAAAGAAGCAGGGGACGCCAGUGUGACUCAAAUUCCAUCAUCGGCCAUAGGAAAGAUGAAUAAAAGGUACACCAAGUCUGAGUUUGACCUGAGGUCAAUCUGCAACGAAUCUGACGGCGACCACGAAGGGAAUUCCAACCUUUCCUCUGACAGAAAAAUACAGAAUUUCACAGUCUUCACGAUGGAGAAGUCGUCCCCAAGCCUCGGAGAAAACCGCUCACAGUUUAAGAAUCUCUGCAACUUCUGGGGUGAGGCCACUUUGAAUAACAGAGGGCCGAUCUCUUCUGACGAACUCAAAAGCCCUAAAAAUAAGGAGCCAAUGGAUACCCAGAACUCAAUGCUGGAGUUAAAGCAAUGUGUUGACCCUGAUUUCUACAGCAAAUCUGCCCCCAGCCAGUCACAAAAGGUCAGUGCUACACUACCUUUGGAUGAGAGCCGGCUCAAGAAAACAUCUUCACCUUCUUCACCAUCUUCUCCAUCUCCCCCUCCAUCUUUAGUCAGGGGUAACAAAGACAGAGAGCACCAGUCAAGGUCUAAAUCGAUUGGAGUGGGUUCAGAAGCUAUGAUUGACACUAAAGAGCACCAGUCAAAGUCUAGAUCAGUUGAGGUGAGAUCAGGAGCUAUGAUUGACACUAAAGCCAACUUCUCACCUCAAAUCACCAUAGAGUCAGAGCAGCAAAGAGCCCCUGGUGUCCCCCAGGUAACAAGGGGCUCAGAACAGGACUUCACCAAAGAUAAAAAGGCCCUGAAGCCCCAAAGCACCUCAGGAAAGGAAUCUCGGUCUCAUAAAGCUAGAAAAGACAGUUUUGGAAACUCAAGUGGAAGUGGACGUGCAAGUUCCCUUCAGCGCGCCACCAGUAUGUUCACAUUAGACAUGAAUGAGGAACAGGCCCAAACUUCUAUGUUGUACCCUAAAAAGACACUGGAUAUUAGUCAUGUCCAGCCCAAGAGGACACAGGGUAGACGACAGAGUGCUAACAAGCACGCUCCUCCUGGUCCAAGGAGGUCCUCAAAAUCAUUUGACGAGUCUGAAUCUCUGACCCCUCGCACUUGGGUCUGUGUUCCCAAAGACUACCCCCAUUACCUGGAGUUUUCAGAGAAGACCAGCGUCCACACUGCUCUGGCCCCGGCAGCAAAGGAGCAGAGGGAGGCAGCAGGCACGCCUGGGGUUGAACUUGACCUGAGUGGUGGGCUUGUCAGAUCCAGCACCCUAGUGGACUCAGAGGAGCGCUACAGUAGGAGGAGCAGCAAGAUAACGCAGCGCCCCCUGGCCCUCUGGUCAAACCAGGGCAGCACUGACACUGGACGAGAGUCAUCAUUCAGUGCGUCUGAAAUAGCAUCGAGCAGUGCGUCUGAAACUUGGUCCAACUCCAGGACCAGUUCAAACCGUGAAAAUGAUGAUGAGGAUCAGGACCCUGUACAGAAGGCAUUGAAAAGAGCUCAGGCCCGCCCACGAAAUCUGGCCAAAAGUCUUGAGGAUAUCACAGCAUCCAUGCCACCACGACAAGAAAGAAGACUAGCUCCCCUUGAUGUCCUCAGGCGAAGCAGUGAUGCAUCCACCAUCCCCUCUCCCUCCUCAUCCCUCUACUCUGACCCUGAACAUUUGAAGAAGAUGAGCAAAUCUGUUCCCUCGUUCCUGCAGAACGAGAGUGAUUGCAGAGAAGCUGACUCCGCCUCUGAAGACAGUUACCAUGGAGGCAGGCAGAAGACAGGCAGAUCUAUGACUAACCUCAGCAGCUCCUCUGGCAUGGCAUCUGUGUCCUCUCUGAGUGGCAGUGUGAUGACCAUGUACAGUGGGGACUAUGGAGGUGUGGAGGUGCAGGGGAACAUCCAGUUCUCCAUCAACUACGUUCAGAAGCUCAGGGAGUUCCACAUCUUUGUGGCUCAAUGCCGAGACCUGGCCGCCGUCGACCCUAAGAGGGGCCGCUCUGACCCGUAUGUUAAAAGUUACCUGGUACCUGACAAAGCCAAUAUAGGGAAGAGGAAAACGUCUGUGAAGAAGAAGACUCUCAACCCCAUUUUCAACGAGCUCCUCAGAUAUCGGCUUCGUAUGGAGCACCUCCGAACUCAGACACUCAUUCUCUCCGUCUGGCACCACGACACCUUUGGCAGGAACAGUUUUCUGGGUGAGGUGGAUGUGGACCUGUCCAAAUGGGACUUUGACCACACCCAGAUGAACUACUUAGCUCUGAAAUCCAGGCCUACCUCCAGUCUGCAGCCAUCAGAUGACAGAGGGGAGAUGAAACUGGCCAUACGCUUCCUGCCUCAAGUCUCCCACAGCCCAGGAAAGGAUCCCCCCUCUAACAAAGGUGAGGUUCAUAUUUGGGUGAAAGACUGCAAGAACCUUCCCCUCAUCAGAGGGGCCACCAUCAACCCAUAUGUCAAGUGCUUCGUGCUCCCGGACACGAGCAGAAAGAGUCGACAGAAAACGCGGGUGCUGAGGAGGACGGUGGAGCCGGUGUUUAACCACACCCUGGUGUACGACGGCUUCAGACAGGAGGACCUGAAGGAGGCCUGCGUGGAGCUGACUGUGUGGGACCGUAACAAGCUGGCCAGUAACCUCCUAGGGGGUCUAAGACUGGGGCCUGGCACAGGCAGAAGUUAUGGGGCGUUGGUGAAUUGGAUGGACUCGAAUGCUGACGAGGUAGCUCUAUGGGAACGAAUGAUGACCUCUCCAAAUGAAUGGGUGGAGGAUGUACUGCCACUAAGAAUGCUGACCACAGCAAAGACUGUGCUGAAAUGAGAACGACUGAGAGAAAGUCUUCAACCUGCCACAGUUCAAAUAACGUUGUUGCGUUUUAUGUUAUAUACUGUACAUGUGAUGUGUAAUCUAGAAUAAUCAAAGACAUUUUAUAUUGAAAUAUAUAGGAAUGAAGAAGCUUUUCUAAAAAUCUGCUGAACAAGUUGAUCAAAUGUUAUAUUAAUGAUAAUCAUACAACCCAAAUAUUAUUAUUAAUAGCCAAAACACACUUAUUUUCUGUGUUUAAUUCUCAAUCACAACAAGUUUACUCACUCCAUUAUUUAUAUUUGAUAUGACAAUUUUCCAUGACAUGAAUGUACAUCCUAAUAUUAACCACAAUUAAAGAAUGUGCAAUGAUGA